GGCCACACUGCGGCAAGCUGUUUAUUUAGUUAAACUUAUUAAACUUAACUUAAUUUAAACAUAGUUACCCACAAAGUAUAGUUAAUUAUAAGUCCACCGUAAAUGCGGCUCCUCAAGCCGGCUUGGGUGCAUCACGAUGACAAACAGAUAUUCUCGGUGGAUAUCCAUCAGGAUUGCACGAAAUUCGCGACUGGUGGCCAGGGUAGCGACUGCGGCCGCGUUGUCAUCUGGAAUCUGCUGCCGGUGCUUUCCGACAAGGCGGAAUGCGAUGCCGAGGUGCCGAAGAUGCUGUGCCAAAUGGACCAGCACUUGGCCUGUGUCAACUGCGUGCGGUGGUCACAGAAUGGCCAAAACCUGGCCUCCGGCUCGGAUGACAAGCUUAUCAUGAUCUGGCGCAAGUGCGCGGGAUCCAGUGGAGUCUUUGGUUCCGGUGGCAUGCAGAAGAAUCACGAGUCCUGGAAAUGCUUUUACACACUGCGCGGCCACGAUGGCGAUGUGCUGGACCUGGCGUGGUCACCCAACGAUGUCUAUCUGGCCAGCUGUAGCAUCGACAACACGGUUAUCAUUUGGGAUGCCCAGGCGUUUCCGCAUGCGGUGGCCACGCUGAAAGGACACACGGGUCUGGUGAAGGGCGUGUCCUGGGAUCCGGUGGGUCGCUUCUUGGCCUCGCAGUCGGACGAUCGCAGCAUCAAGAUCUGGAACACCAUGGACUGGAAUCUCUCGCACACGAUAACCGAGCCGUUCGAGGAGUGCGGCGGCACCACGCACAUUUUGCGACUCUCCUGGUCGCCGGAUGGCCAGUAUUUGGUGUCCGCACACGCCAUGAACGGCCGCGGACCCACCGCACAGAUCAUCGAACGGGAGGGCUGGAAGUGCGACAAGGAUUUCGUUGGGCAUCGCAAGGCGGUGACGUGCGUGAGGUUCCACAACUCCAUCUUGAGGCGCCAAGUGAACGAAGGCAGUCCCAGCAAGGCCCUGCAAUACUGCUGCCUGGCCGUGGGAUCGCGCGAUCGCUCGCUCUCCGUUUGGAUGACGGCCCUGCAGCGACCGAUGAUCGUCAUCCACGAGUUGUUCAACGACAGUAUUCUCGAUCUUUCCUGGGGACCACAGGAAUGUCUGCUGAUGGCCUGCAGCGGCGACGGCACCGUUGCCUGCCUGAAAUUCACCGAGGAGGAGCUCGGCAAGCCCAUCUCCCAUGCGGAGCAGAGCAACAUCAUGCAGAAAAUGUACGGUACGGUUGGCAAUGGGCUGGGCAAGCACAGUGCACUCCUGGAGAAUCCGAAGCGAUUGCUACUGCCCCAAGGAGACAAGUCCGUGAAGUUCCCACUGAACAACAACGAGGGCAACCAGCGACCCAUUAGCAAACAGACGGAAACGAGGACCAAGGACGGCAAGCGGAGAAUCACGCCGAUGUUUAUACCCUUGCAUGAAGAGGGACCCACCUCCCUGACCACCAGUAUAGUUUCCAGCAGUGGGUCGGCGGCCACAGCCCUCAGUUCCUGCUCGGCAGCCAGUGGAGCGGUUUCGUGUGCUGCGCCCACGGAGAGCGCUGCCACGCCCCUAAUGCCACUGGAACCAUUGGUGAGCAAAACGGACUUGGGUCGUCUUGAUUCCAGGCUGAAAACGAAUCCCGCCAGCCAGCGCCGGCAGUCACAGCCCUUCGAUCCUGGCCAGACCAGCGAGCUGCCACGGUCUCCACGACUCGAGGAGCACCAGAGCAGCACCAGUGGACCCAGCAAUCUCAAUGUCACUGCCACCGGAAAGAGUGAGUUUGUCAAGGCCGCUUUGGACUAUCGUCUUCAUGUGCAGAACGGUCAUCUGAAAACGAAUCAUGGGAUGCUCGCGAAGGUCACCGCUUCGGAUUCAAAGGAAAUGCUUUGGGAGUUUUACGUUGGAUCGCCGGUGGUCAACCUGAAUCUGUGUGGAAAGUAUGCCAUGCUGUGCUCCCUGGAUGGGAGCAUGCGACUCAUUUCCAUGGAGACCGGCUGCCCAGUCUUUCCGGCCAUCUCGCUGACCAGUUCCGCCGUGCAUUGCGCCUUUAGUCCGGACAACAGUUUAGUGGGCGUGCUAACCGAGUGUGGAUUGUUGCGGAUUUGGGACAUUGGCAAAAAGGUCAUCAGCUUGGCGGCCGGAUGCUUGGAGCUGCUGAAUAAACACGGAACAGCUGUGCAGUUUUCCGUGACGGAUCAGGGAAUGCCGUUGAUUGGCUUUCCCAGCGGCAACUCGUACUCAUACUCGACGAGCCUGCAAUCGUGGCUAGUGCUGGCCACCAAGGAUGCGAUCAUGUACCACGGCAUCCGGGGAACUCUGCCCAGGGACAUGGACCAAAUGCAGGAGAAGUUCCCCCUGCUCAGUAUGCAGGCCAGCAGUCAGAAUUACUUCUGUUUCACUGGCGGCAUGGAGUUGAGACAUUCGGAGGCCUGGCAGCAGAGCGCCAAAAUCAGGUUCAUUGAGAAUCAGAUCAAACUAUGCGAGGCCCUCCAAUCCUUGGAUGAACUGCAGCACUGGCACAAGAUGCUCACCUUCCAGCUGGCCAGCUUUGGGAACGAGAAAAGAAUGCGUGUGUUCCUUGACGAUUUGCUUAGCAUUCCGGAGCCGGGAAUUUCACAGUUUGUGCCAAAGUUGGAACUGAUGCAGUGCGUUCUGGAUACGCUGAAGCCACAUUCCGAAUGGACGCGCCUGCACUCGGAGUACGUAGAACUGCUAAAGGAGUGCAAGUCUGAGCGGCAAAAGGAUAUAUUUGCCACACCCGCGCCACCACAGCCGAAAGCUGCCUCCUCGUCAGCAGGUUCGUCCCCAAGCGCAGGACAGGCUGCAGAUGAGGCAGCCGGAGAAGAUGCAGCCGAAAAAGGAGAAAACACAGCAAUUGUUGGAGAAAGAGACAAAGAAAGGGGAUCACCGACGGCGGUGACAACAGGUUCGGGCACUGCGACAACCACCACCACUAGCAGCUCCGUUUCCUCCUCCGGAUCGUCUUCCUCCGGCUCCGGAUCCUCCUCAUCUAACUCGUCCUCCUCGUCAUCGCUGUCAGUGCCACCGCCUGCUCCUAGUCUCUCGCCAGAGAUCCAAACCAUAGACUCGCCCACCGUCUGUUUAGAUGAGCUGCUGUCGCCCUCAUCCUCACUACCUCCGUUGGACACGUUUCCCGUGGGCGUUUCGCCCGUGUCCACGUCCGGUGGCGCCGCCUCCACAUCUCCAACCGCUUCGGCAGCGGCAGUAGCUCCAGUUGCCAGUUCCACAGUCGCUGAAACAGAUCAGACAUGAGACGAAAGACUCCUAUCCCUAAUAGCUCUUUUUAAUUUGGUCUUUUCCCUAAGCUAUAAGCGUUAAAUAUAAAACAUUUGUACCGAAUUAUUUUAGAAACUUUGCAUUCUUUCUGCCUGAAACGAAAAACCAUCAGUUAUUUUGUAAAGCAUUAAAGUUGAGUGAAAAUUGAA